AAAUACCUUAAACACUGAAAACCUGUGAAUCUGUGAUCAAUUAUGAUAUAUAUCCACAACUACAAGACAUACACUUUUAUUAUGUCCCCACUAAUUAUAUCUCAUCAAAUACUAAUUAAUAAAUAAUAAAUAAAUAAUAUCUGAUGUAUACUGUGCAUGAAACUGCUGUGUGUGUAUAUAUAUAUGUUUAUAUGAAGCCACACUUUCUCUUCUUCACUAAACCAUAUUAAAGAAACAAUCUCUUCUAUAUUCUCUCUCUCUCUCUCUCUCUCUCUCUCUCUCUCUCUCUCUCUCUCUACAUAUAUAUACACAUAUACAUACAUAUAUUUGUGAGUAGUGACGAUGGCGAAUCCUGGUGAGUGCCUAACGUUGGAGCUAAUACGGCAACACCUCCUCGAAGAAUUCACUUCAACGGAAUCUUUCUUAGACAGCCUUAAUCUUUGUUUCUCAGAUGUGUUUUCCGACAACCCCGUUUGUACGGCAGGUGAAACCGGCUCCCCUUCAUCCUCAUAUUCCGACCCAAAUCAACCCGGUUUACUAUUACAACCCGCAGUUUCAGUUGACCCGGAUUUCCAACCCGAUUUUUUCGAGGUUGAAAUGAAACCCCAAACGAUCAGCAUCAUCACCUGUGGUAAAGAUUCUGCCACGGAGGACAGUCUUACUCCCGCAAAACCCAUGAAGCCCGAACCAGAAUACGGGUUUACAUUCGGGCCGGAUCCUAAUACUGUAUCCGUUGCAAGAGGGGGGAGGAAUUACAGGGGGGUGAGAAGGAGGCCGUGGGGUAAAUAUGCUGCGGAGAUACGGGACCCGGUUCGGAAGGGAAGCCGGGUCUGGCUUGGUACUUAUGACAACGACGUUGAUGCAGCUAGGGCUUAUGACUGCGCCGCCUUCAAGAUGAGGGGAUCCAAAGCCAUUCUCAACUUUCCCAUGGACGCCGGUAAAUCUGGGCCGCCGGUCGGCUCCGGCCGGAAGAGGAGGAGAACGGAGAAAAGUCAAGGGUCGACUACUGUGUUAUAAGACUUAAAACCUCAGAUAAUUAAUACGUUCUAUAUAUAUAUAUAUAUAUAUAUAUAUAUAUA